UUAUGUAUAUUAUGAUAAUUUUUUAUUAUAAGAUAGAAUCCAUAUAAAAAUCAACUUUGGCAAGUAAAAAUACACAAUCAAUUUUGUUCAUCGAACUCAGUACGAAGUAAGAAAGAAACUCUUUCAAAAAAAUCUGAAAAUAUAUCAAACCAUGGCAGGAAAAGAAAUGAUCUUUAUUGCAGCUUUAUUCAUUGUUGUACAAUCCACUCCGCGUUUUUCGAGCUUUGAUGAUCUUAGCUGUCCAUCAACAUUCAGUUUAAAGACAUCAGUCAAGAAAAACGAAUGUACUAAAAAAGAAGAUUGUCAUCGUGCUAGAUACGUUUGCUGUGAAAAUCAAGAGAAAGUGAACGUAUGUGCAGAAGGAGUCUUUUCCCCAUCAAAUAAUAAUCUUGAUACAAACAAAAAAGCUACAGUUGAAUCUAAAUCUAUGAACAAUCCAGAUAAAUCAAUUCCAGUCCCAACAGAAUCUACUAACGGUGAUGAUGAUGUAGAAGAUGAUGUAGAUGAUGAUUAGUUAGCAUGCGUAUAUGCGUAUAGCAAUAAUAUUGUUGCUAAAAUAACUAGUUACAUUACAUUAAUUAUUAAAAUAGCAUUUUGAAUUAUAUAUCAAUAAUCAUUAUGGUAUGAAGUGGACAAUAAUAAAAAAACAAUUAUUCUGAAAUAUA